CACCAGGCUUGGGUCGGAAUCUGUUACGUGGGGGUGACCGACGCGAGGGCUUCCGACGAAUCGAGUGUUAGAUUUGUGGCUCGAGGCUGCAAUUCUCGCACUGGCACACGCGCAUUGCAACUUUGUUUGAACCAUUGUCGUCGUCGUCGUCGUCGUCGUUGAGUAGUAGUACCUUAUCUUCGCCACACAUGUAUACUACUACCUUGCGGGCUGCUUGCUUCUCACAUUGAAAGACAGGCUUCCGUAGAUUGCAAUGUGGGUUGCCCACCCCACACCGGUCUCGCAUUCGGUGUGGAGGAGUAAGCCUUGCCCGCAUCGUUUAGUUUUGGCGAAUGAUGUUACCGGAACAGGUAAUCCUGCGGAAGGGUUGCGCUCCAGGGGUGGUCGAGACAAGGAGCAAGGGAAUCUCGGAUUGGGUGUAAGAAUGGCGGUGUUGAGUGGGGAGAUUAGUGCUAGUUGUUGUAGGGAUGCGACUCUUUGUAGGAAUUCUCGUAUAAAUUUCCAGGGUAAUUACAUUUUCUUAGUUCCGGUUAGCACAAGGUUUUCGUUCGGUAGUGUCGGUCCCCCUGUUCGUCAUUUGAAUUUCAGACUUACGUUACAACAAGGUGGGAAUCGAUUGAGUGGAUUGAAGGCGUGUUUGGCUUCAGCUAGCGACGGCCCUGUUGAUGGCGCGGAGGAGGAGGUUCCUGCAAAUUCACUGGAGUUCACCCACAAAGUGGCACUAGAUGUGUUAGCGCCACCCGAUUUGGUGUGGAAGUUGUGGACCGAUAUUAAGAGCGCUCCACUAUGGAUGCGAUGGAUCGAUCGAGUUGAUUUCCUGGAUGAGGAUGCUAGUACCGAUUCAUCCCAUGACCUGCCACCUGGAUUAUGUCAGCUCUCGCGUUGGACCUGUAGCACUAUUGGUUUUGAGGUUGUGUGGGUCGCUAGAGUAGAGUUCGUGGAGUCCAAUUCACCAGUACGAGUUUUAAGGUGGACAACUGUGGAGGGCCUUACAAACCGAGGCGAAGUGACUUUUAAAGAGAACAAUACUAAGGGAACUACCGUGGAGCUUUCUAUAUCACAUUCAUUGCCCGCAGCUCUUGGUCGAGUGAUGGCAUCAAGUGCUCUGCGGGGUUUGGUUCAGGCCACUUUGCAAACCGAUUUGGAGUGCUUUCAGAAGUAUGCUUCAGAAGCUGUCAGUCAACAAUCAGAAUGCGUCGUUACUAAGGAGGAUGGUGUUUCGGAGAGGAAGGGAUUGUUGACGAUCACCACAGAUUGCAGCCAGAGUCUCGGCGAUCCACUCUGAGAAGCUACUUCACUCAGGUGCUUGAAUCCUCAAGUCAUAGAGUCCAAGUGGUUGUUUUAAAACUGGUUUGCCUCAUUACGGACAUGCAUCCUUCUUUUUACCACAAGUUGGACCCCACAAAACUAUUGCAUGUUUUCAAUAUGGGAAAUGAUCCUAUCGUCACAGAAUGAAUCAUUCAACCGUAAGGUCAAUAGAAUGCGAUUCUGGGUCAUGUUGUAACCUAGAGGCUCUUCAUAAUGGCUAGUCGAAUUCCAUGCCUCCGACAAUUUUAAGGCUGUGGAUGUCACCAACUUUGUAUCUUAUGUAUUUCUUUCUUUUAUUAAUUCUCUAAUUUUAAAGAUCCUGAA